AUUCCUUCCUUUUGCUCCCGCCCAUGACUGGCUCUUCCAGUCCUCGCAAACGGAUCAAGCUCGAAUCAUCUUCACCGCCACCGGAAGCCCAAGACGUAGACGAAGACGAAGACGAAGACAAAGAUAACUGCAGUAUAUGCCUGCAGGCCCUUGUUGACCGGACCGUCAUUCCUACUUGCUGGCAUGAGUUCUGUUUUGAUUGUCUCGUCAUCUGGACUGUUAAGGUGACUUUUCGCAUACCGUGGGUGCAUGUGCUGAUAUUUGGUGAUUUAGAUCAAUCAAGGAAGUGCCCUUUGUGCGCACAGACAAUUGGAGAAUACCUCAUCCAUCGGAUCCGGUCCCGGUACGAUUAUCAGAAGCGUUACUUAGCGCCUCUGUCAAAGCCGAGAUUACUGCCGUUACGGGCUGCGCAGAACCCGGGACAGGAAGUAUGGAGACAGAGACGUAGGAGGGAAUGGGAAAGACGAGACCAGGACGAGGUGGAUAAGCUGGAGCGGUCGAUGGAGACACGGCGUUGGGUGUACGAGCAUGGGCUUUACGCCAAGCAUGUAGCGUCGAAUGAAUAUGCUAAGUACCGGCCAUAUUCCACUCCAGCGCAGUUCGCCGCAAGCCAGGAGAUGGUGAGCAAGACGAUGAUGUUUCUGCGGAAGAGUAUGGGAUGACCUUGACGUUGAGUUCUUCACGACGUUCACGAUAUCUCUUAUGAAGUCGAUUGAUAUACGUUCCGAGUCGGCUGUGAAGCUAUUGGCGGAAUUUUUGGACAUUGAUACGGGUGGAAGAGUUAUGGCAGAACACUUCGCACAUGAGGUUUACUCGUACGUAAGGUCACCGUUCAAAGACCUCUUCGUGUAUGACAGCGUUAUCCAG